AUGGGUGAUCAGGAAGAAGUGUAUCCUUGCAAGAUUUGUGGUCGGAAGUUUAUACCUUCUAGCUUAGACAAACAUCAACCCGUCUGUAAGAAACUGUCUAAAUUGAAUAGAAAACCUUUCGAUAGCGGGAAACAGAGAGCAAAAGGUUCUGAUGUGAAUUAUUCUGAUGUUAAGAAAGCUCAGAAGGAAAAAGAAUUGAACGGAGGGAUUUUCCCUCGUCCACAAACAAAUUGGAGGGAAAGACAUGAGACAUUUAUUAAUGCUGUUAGUCAGUCGAAAAAAGUGGACUACGCUCUCAAAACAGGAGCACCCUUGCCUCCUCCACCCAAGACAGCAGUCCCAAGUGACUAUGUUCAAUGCGAGUACUGCGGACGUAACUUCAACGAACGGGCAGCAGAACGUCACAUUCCAUUCUGCCGGGACCAGCAUAACAGAAAUAAACCACCUAAACCACCAUCAACUGGGAUGAAACCGCUAGCUGGUCAUAAGCCUCCUACAAGUCAUGCUUCAAGUCGGCAAAGCCGAUCUCCCACUAGGUCUUCAUCACGCUCCAGAGCAGAUACUCGUGCCUCCACAAGGGAAAGGGAAGACCUGAAAGAAAGACGGAGAUCAUUAGACACUAGAGAAUCCGUUCGUUCAAAACAAGCAUCACCUCAUAGACCAAGCGCCCAAUCUGCUUCGUACACCCGAAAUGGCGUGCCACCCACACCUAAUCGUAGAAGUUUAUCUGCUCCUAAAACGCCUGGUCAAUCCCGGUUGAAACAACCUGCGCAACAUAAAAUUUCUGGAUAUGAGAAGAGUCAGACUAGUAAUACAAAUAUUCCUAAGACUCCGAAAAAACGGUUUGAGCAGCGUUUAGCUACAUCAUCAACAAGAGUAAUGAAAUCAAAAUAA